AUGUCCCCAUCCUUCCCCCCCACUCUAUCACCAUUACCUCCUGCACUCCCCCUUGAUCUUCCUCUUGGGCAACCUCCCACACUGGACGCUUGUACCCCACACACUCCAUGGCAACCUGCUCCUGGCCACCCUCUCAAGCCUGCUCCCCUUGAUCAGGGAGAGCUGGGACCCCUUUUUCCACCAGCCUCCCCUGAGCUUGGCAAAGUCUCUCUUGAGCAGGUCAUCCGCCUCCUUUGGGGACUCCAGUCCCAAGUCAACUGCAUUGAGCGGACCCUCUUGGAACAAACCAAGAUUAAUCAAGAGGUUUGCACCAAUGCCAAAAAUAUCUCCCAGACAGUCAAUGUUAUCAAGAAUGGGCUUGCCCAACUCCAGCACUCCUGGGCCCCCACACCCCUGAAGAUCAAAAACCCCUUGCAGUUGAGGAACUCCCCAGGCUGCGCCCAAACCAAGCCUAUUGGCAAGGUUCAACCCUACCUUGGGGACCCAGCCCCUAUCAUCCCCACAGGGCCCCCCAGGCACAACCCCCUAUCCUUCUUCAACCCCUAUCCCUCCUUGUCUUUCCCUUCAGGACCGGCUCCAGCAGCCCCCACAGUCCCUCCAGCAACCCCUGCAGCCCCUGCAGCAGCACCCCAAGCCACUCCGGCUCUGCCUCCAGCCCACUCCACUGUAAAAGUGGACCACCCAGAUGCCUUCAAAGGCAAAAUUGGCUUGGAGGCCAAACAGUGGCUAACCUGUAUGCUGGCCUGGAUGAGUUCAAACCAAGUUCCUGGCCGCCUUUGGCAACCCCAAUGCAACCCAAGCAGCGGAGCGGAAAUUGCUUCCCUCACUCAGACCGCACUUGUGCUGAAUACAUUACUAAGUUCUGCACGCUGCAAAUGGAACUUGACUGGAAUGACGCCGCACUCCGUGGCCAGUUUGCAAGGACUCCACUGGGAGGUCCAAAAACAGAUUGCCACAAGGGAGAGGCAACCACGCACCUUGAGGGAGCUGCAAGAUGCUGCCCUCAUUAUAGACAAUGCCCUCCAUGAGGAGAGCCAGCCACCCGCCACAGGGUAUCCCCUUUCCUCCAAUCCCAACUAUGUUUUGGAGGAAGAACGCAACUGCCGCCGCGCAGAGGGUCUAUGUGUCAAAUGUGGCAAACCCAGGCAUAAAUUUGCUGAAUGCUGGACUGGAUGGAAGGCUACCCCAAAGGAGGAUAAGGGGAAAGCCAAGGAAACUGCCAAGAUUGGCAAGGACUCUGAGUACCAAUUGGGAAAAGAGACUCUGUUGUGGUCUCACGCCGCCAUCUUGGGACUGAAAUGGUUGGACGCCCAUAACCCAGAGAUAGAUUGGAACCAACGUACCCUUUCCUUUCCCCAUGCGCCGCCAGAACAUGUAGCCAUUGCCAAGGAAGAGGAAGCCAACAAGAACCCCCUAGAAGGAGUACCCUCCAAAUAUCACCAAUACGCCAAGGUGUUUGGAGAAGAAUUCAAUAAGCUUCCCCCUCAUUGGCAUUACAACAUUGGGAUUGAACUCACUGAGGAAGGACCCCUUAAUUCUCCUCUUUACAGUAUGACAGAUGCCAAGUCCGCCACACUCAAGGACUGGCUCAGGGACAAAUUGAAAGCCAGGAAGAUCUGCCCUAGCAAGUUGUCAAUCAGUUCCCCUGUCAUGUUUACCAAGAAAAACAUGUACCUGCUACCUGUCAUGACCCAUGCCUUUGCUGGCAUGUCUCCUGACCAAGCCACCUACUAA